CAAUUUUUGCUUUUCUGAAAACCUCUGAAAUUCUAGCAUUCUCGCAUUCUAGCUUAGACAGAGUGUGUCCACGUGUUUUAGGGGAAGAUUCAGUAUAAUCAUAAGAUUUCAUAGAAGGUAUAAUGAAAGGAUUAUACCUUUAAAAUAAACCCAGCUGAAUAUUUGAUGUACCCUUAAGGGUUCUUCGGAUGUUCCUCUGGGAGAACUCUUAAAGAUUCUAUGUAAAGGAUUCCAAGUAGAAAAUAUUUAAUUAAAGAACUCUUAAUUAUACAAUGAACCCUUAAAGAAGGUUCUUUUUUCUAAGAAUGUAGUUAGUUUGGUACUCUUCGUCACGAAACAUGGGCAAGAACCACCAACGGGAAAUGACUAUUGACUGAACAGGAAAUCAUAACCUUUUUCAAUCCGGUGACAGUAUCGUCCUUCAAAAAAGCUUACACUUUGUAUGCACACACGGAGGUAGAAAAAGGUUCUUCAACAGUUCAGUGGAUAAUUAAGAGUUCUUGGCUAACCCUUGAACCAUUGAAGCACAAAAAGCCGGUUCUUGGAUGCAAAAUUUGGUUUGGUUCCAUCACCUAAAUUCUGCUGAUCUGGAACCAAGAGCUGAUGACUUUAGGAGCUUGGUUGGGUGGGUGACAUUUUUGUAACCAUAACAACAACUAUAAAACACAAGUAAUUUACACGAACGACAUUCUCAAUGUUAAAAAGGUGGUUUGUAAAUGCAGCAGGUAUCGUUGCUGUCUCACAGCUCCAGGGUUCUCGAUUCAAUUCUGAGCUUAGAUUACGCUCUGUGGAGCUUCACUUGUGUAGGUAAGUUUCCUUUGGGUUCUCUGGUUUCCUCCAAACUUUCGAAAACAUCCCAGUAAGCGGACUGGCUAUGAUAAAUUGCCCCUAGGUGUGACUGAGUGUGUGAAUGUCUAUGAGCGGUGCCCUGCUCAGUGAGGAUGAUUUGGAAAACAGCUUUGAACUACGCCCGAUUCUGGCUCGUCCUGGCUUUAGUGUCCGGCCAGCUCACUGCAGAACAGAAGGAGCAGAUCUUGGAUUUGCAUAACCGGUACCGCUCUAUGGUCAGUCCUGAGGCUGCCAAUAUGCUACACAUGAGAUGGGAUGAAGGGCUAAGUCUGGUGGCUCAACAUUAUGCUGCUCAGUGCAUUUGGGAGCACAACUACGAUGUGUUAAACCAGCUGGGAGAAAACCUCUUCCUCACCACCGGUCUUCUAAGCAUCAACAAAUCCAUUGCUAGAUGGUUUGAGGAACGCAAAUAUUACAACUAUGCUAACAACACAUGCAGCUUAGUUAUGUGUGGACAUUACACACAGUUAGUGUGGGCGAAGAGCAACACCGUCGGCUGCGCCUCACACUUCUGCAAGACGGUUCAGAAUCGAGACGAUGAGAACGCUACAAUUCUUGCCUGCAACUAUUUCCCACAAGGGAAUAUAGAAGGAGAACUACCAUAUGAAGCAGGAGAGCCAUGCUCUAAAUGUCCACAGGAGAUGGUUGAAUGUUUAGAAAAUAGCUGUGCUCAAAUUGAAAGAACAACAGAGGAGUCCAGUACAGACACGUGGGCAACAGACACACCUCAGAUGGAGCCCGUGGAUUCAGCAGGAUUUAUAAAACUCUCAGUGGCUACACUACUGCUCGCUGGUCUGAUGGCUUCUUUUAUAUUCUAAUGACUUGAACACGUUCGCACAGUAAAUGCCACCAAUGCUGACAUCUAAUCCCAGGAAAUUUCAAUGCAUCAUGGAUGAUGUUCCUCGGAUGAGUUCCUCCUGUUGACUUGAUUCAUUACCACUAGAUCUUCACAAAUGACAGCGCUCGUAUCAAAUGUUAGCGGCUGUUUUAGAGCCGCUUCCGAUUAUGUUUAGUAAUCAUAUGGAACGGAUACAUUUGUGUGUGGCGAAAAGGGCACCACAGGGUCAUGUGUAAAAGCUACAGUAUGUGAGAUUUCUUUUUUUUUCUUAAAUAUCAUAAUUAUUACCGUUAUUAUCAGUCAAGAAAAAUACUCUAAAGCACUUACAAUCCUGUAAUAGUAAAAUCACAUCAAUAGACAGACAGAGCUCUCGGGUUCAAACCUCAAAAGACACUUCAAAUGCACGCAGAGCUGAUGGAGGCUAGUUAGCUAACAGGGAACACAGAUGAAAAAAAUACACAGAGAACAAAUUAUUCAAACGUAGUAGAAAUACACACACCAACAGCGAACCGAAGUCAGAGUUCGCUUUUUCUCCACAUUGUCUUUUAUCUAGCUAGCUAUAAAUUUAGCUCACUGCUGUCGGCCUCGGAGCCACACAAAGUCCCGUCGAGAGCUUGUUUCUAUGUUUCAUAUUUAUGUUAUGUUUCAUAUUAGCCAGCUAGCUUGCACUGUAUACGCUGUCUUGUCUUCAGAGUUACACACAUCUUUCAGAUUAGCAGUGCAUGAACAGACCUCUGUACAAUCUGCAGCAGUCUCACAGGUGACAUAGCGAGCUAGCCGGCUAACGCUAAAUCACUUAAUCCAAAGCUCAUGCUAAAGGAAAGAAGUUUUGCUCAUUUAUUUAGAAAUCAGAAAAUGCGACGGUUGUGCACAGUAUUCUCGUAAUGUUUCUGUACGUUUUAAUUCUCAUAAUAUUUCUGUAAUAUUUACAGCAGCAGAUAAUUACAUCUUCAACAGUGUCAGAAAUGCAUACUAUUAGUGUUGCCUUUACUAUUUAGGCCUAGUACUUGAAUAAAUAGGCAUUGAGUGUGUAUUAAUUGCCUCACUCAGUUGUCCAACCACGUUACAUAACGGACAAAAACAUUACGAUUAGCUUGCAAUACCAUUUUAGACAACAGAGAGACAUUUUCAGCUCCAGCUGCUCGUACUGAAUUUAAUGCGUAAGGUACUUGGGCUCACGUUGUAAUGAAUAAAGUUUAGAUUAUUUAAUUUGAAGUGUACAGCAAAAUGUAUGAGUGAAAACAUUGUAUGACUCACUGAAUUGAACAUUAUAAUGAAUAUUUUUUAUAUACAGUCGAAUGUCAUGUGUUGUUUUACUAUAUCAGUAAUGCACUGAUUUGUGAUGAAACACAGUCUGGAAAAAGAAAUCAACCUGGAAUUGAGUGAAAUAACUGGAGUUUCAUAAGCAACAGAAAGUCUGGACAUAUUGUGUGUUAUUAGACCUCAGCAUUUAUUUUUAUUAAACUUUAUUAAAAAAAAAAAAAAAACAUCGACACUUAACUAUAGAUGUGUGAAUCUGUUUGUGUGUGUUGUAUUUCAUUAAAUUUUAUUUUUUUAAAAUCACUGUAUAAAAAAAAACUAAACAUUUGAUUUUCCUAAUAAACAAGCUUUUCUAACCCUAA